AUGGUGAUACAGCAGUCCUCUCCAGACAGCAUGGUCUGUGCCGCCGCGGGCGUUGAAAUCACCAAGGACAAUCGGCUUAUCCUCCUUCGGCAUAGUCGCCAGGAGGACGUGAAGGUCCCCAUAGAAUUCAUCCCUUGCCGCCGCAGAGAUGGUAAUCGGGAGACCGUAAUUGGUUGCAAACUUACCUCCCCGGAGAGGCACUCGUCAAACCAUGUCUUUCCGGACGGCAAAGACGACACCUGCUUCCCGUCGCUCUGCCUUGGGGCGACCGGUCCGGAAGGUGUAGCCGGCACCCACCUUCUCCAGUUGGCCUUGUUCGGAGAAAAGGGUCUCGCUGGGCGCAACGAUUUCCACCUUGUAGCGCGUCAGUUCCUGAGCUGCUAG